AUAUGUGUGAAUAAUAAUAAGACCACUCUUGAUCGAGUGAUGAGUGACGGCGCUUGUCGCCUGGUCACUGUCGAUGAAGAACUAGCAGAAUAGAUUAGUUACUAGUAGUUGUCCAGGCGGUUGAGUGAGACGAUUUACAAUUAUUGAUGCUGAUGCAGUUUUUCGUCAACUAGCUUUGGAAAUGUUGGCAAGAAGCUCAGCCAGGAGUUACUGCAGUUAGCACUGACCAACAGCCUGACCAUGCUUCAUCUCAGCCUCCGCACAUAGUGCAGGUGAUAGCAGACGAUCUGGGCUGGAACGAUGUACCUUUCACUAGGACAGAUGCGUGUGCCAUCCUCACACCCACCCUCAGUGAGCUAGCUAGUCAGGGUGUCGUGCUGCACAACUACUAUGUGCAGCCAAUCUGCACGCCGACACGCAACUGCCUGAUGAGUGGCCGCCAUCCCGUGCAGACCGGGCUGCAGCAUGGCGUCAUUCGGGACUCUGUGCCCAAUGGACUGCCGCUGAACGAGACCACCAUUGCCCAGAUGAUGAAGAAGCUGGGUUAUGCAACUCACAUGAUUGGCAAGUGGCACCUGGGCUUCUACAAGCCGGCGUACACUCCGCAACGUCGCGGCUUUGACACCUACUUUGGCUACUACACAGGCAAUGAGGAGUUUUGGAAUCACACGUCGCCGUGCUGGACUUGUGGAAACUACACGGCCGUAGACCUGCACAGAGCCACACCGACAACUGAGAGUCCAGUCCUAGACCAAGCAGGUGUGUACUCUACAAACAUGUUCUCUGACGAAGCGGUCAACGUCAUAAAGCAGCACGAUGCAUCAACACCGCUGUACCUUUACUUGCCAUUUGAAGCUGUGCAUGGUGCGGCGAGCUGUGACCCGGACUGCUAUCGCCCCGCUGGCGAUCUGCUACAAGCGCCAGACUACUACAUCAAGCAACAGAGUCACAUCGAGAACAUGUAUCGCCGCACGUAUGCAGGAAUGGUGGGUGCACUGGACGAUGCUGUGCGGAACAUCACCGCCGCACUGAAGACCAAGGGCAUGUGGGAGAACACGGUGUUUGUGUUCACCACCGACAACGGAGCGCCGGCCAGCUUUGACGGCGCCGCCAUGAACAACUGGCCGCUGCGCGGAACUAAAGGAACACUGUGGGAGGGCGGCGUCAGAGGUGCUUCGUUUGUCACUGCUCCUGGUCGUAUCGAUAAGUCUCUGAUCGGCAAGCUGAACAACGAGCUAAUGCACGUCACGGACUGGUUCCCAACGUUUGUACACCUCGGAUCCAACAAUCACACGCAUGCCACAGCCCUGCUGAAGGACAUGCAGCUCUAUGGCGUCAAUGUCUGGGACACCAUCUCCAAGGGGGCUCAGUCCGGCCGAGAUGAGAUACUUCACAAUAUUGAUCCGCUGACCGGGCAAAUGGCCAUACGAUCCGGUGACUGGAAGCUCAUGAUCGGCAUGGGCCCAGCACGCUGGUAUCCGCCCGCGAACAUGUCCUUGAGCGACGGAGUGGCUGGCUACCGACACCAAGAUAUCACCAUCCUGGAUGCGCAUACCCUUGGCUCCUUUCAUCAGGGCGACGAUGCCGAAAAACUAUACCUUUUCAACAUAACCGCGGACCCGUACGAGCGAAACGAAGUGUCUGCAUCCUUUCCCGCCGUCGUGUCCAAACUGUCGGCACGCUUGAAAGCCCUGCAGGGCCAGACCGUGCCGUGUCGGUACCCAGAUCCCGACGAUAACGCCAACCCCAAUCUGCCGGGUAGGAACGGGGUCUGGGAGCCAUGGAUGAAGGACGAUGUGCCUGCCUGACACAGCACCAGUCUCAUUGUGAUAAGACCAUCUGUACUCUGGGGAAGAGCUGCUCAUGUCCAUGUUUCAUCAAGUAUGUAUUUGUAUUAAAUUUGUAUUUAUUUUACAUCGAUAUCAAACGGGUGUGCCUUCAGCUACUAGUCUCACCGUGCAGUGCUCUGGUUUAUGUUUCAUGCAAUCAUUGAACCAGUGGCACAGCCCAGAAAUCUAACAAUAACUAAAGUCUAUUGCUUUCUGCUACUUGUAUUUAUUUCUCUAUCCUUUGCCAUGAUAAUUAUUGUGUUGCUAUGUGUGCGAAGUAUAUGGAUUUCACUUA